AUGACAGAGCCUGCAAAUCCAGAAAAGUUAUAAAAUUAAAGAACUCGAAUGAUUGGGAACUAUGUGAUAGGUGAUGAUUUAUAGAUUCAGCAGAAUAGGAAAAACUCUUGGGUUUGGAACAUUUGGGAAAGUGAAGAUGGCAAUCCAUGAAUAAUCAGGGGAGAAAGUGGCAAUUAAAAUAUUAGAAAAGGAUAGAAUAGUAGAGACAGCUGAUGUGGAGAGAGUUUAGAGAGAGAUCCACAUUCUAAAAUUAGUUCGACAUCCUCAUAUAAUUUAAUUAUAUGAAGUAUUCAUAAUAGAUUAUAAAAUGAUAGAUAAUUGAGACUCCAAAACAUAUAUUUUUAGUAAUGGAAAUGGUGAAUGGAGGUGAACUAUUUGAUUACAUAGUGAAAAAUACAAAGUAAUAAAGUAAAUAAUUUAGGUUGGAAGAAGUUGAGGCUUGUAAAUUAUUUUAAGAACUUAUAGCAGGAAUAGAAUAUUUACAUAAAAUUAGAGUUGUACAUAGAGAUUUGAAACCAGAAAAUUUAUUACUUGAUAAAAGUAAGAAUCUAAAAAUUGUUGAUUUUGGAUUAUCAAAUACAUAUAAGAAUGAAGAAUUAUUAAAGACUGCAUGUGGUAGUCCUUGUUAUGCAGCUCCUGAAGUAUUAUUAUAAUAUAAAUGAAUAGAUGAUAGCUGGUUAAAAAUAUUAAGGAUUACGAGUUGAUCUUUGGAGUUCAGGAGUGAUAUUAUUUGCUUGUUUAUGUGGGUAUUUACCAUUUGAAGAUCAAAAUACAUCUGCUUUAUACAAGAAAAUCUUAAGUGGCACAUAUUAAAUGCCAUCUCAUUUAUCGAAAGAUGCUUAAUCUAUGAUUACUGGCAUUCUAACAGUGGAUCCUGAAAAAAGGUUCACUAUUGAUAAUAUACAUAAUCAUUCUUGGUUUAAUAUAUAUAGAAGAUCCUACGAAAUUCCACCAGGUAUAGUUGUAGGAUACAAUAGAAUUCCAAUUGAUUAAGAUAUCUUAAAAUAAUUAAAAUCCUUUGGGAUUGAUAUUGAUCAUGCUUAAAAAUGCUUAGAUGCAAAUAAACAUAAUGAUAUUACAACAUUUUAUCAUUUAUUAUUAAAAAGACAUUUAGCAAAUGGAGGUAGAUCAACUGCAGAUCUCAACUCCGAAUCUUUCGAUAUAAAACUACUUGAACCAAAGCAGAGACCAAAUAAAGGUAUAUUUUAUUUAUAUUUACAGCACCAAUUAAUUCAUUAGUGAAUAAUGAAAUAAUUAAAUAGUAAAUGAGAGAGGAAAUAAUUAAAUAGAGAUCAUAUUCUACUGAUAAAGAUAGAGGAAGGAUAAUUAAAACUACAGAAUAAAAUAAUAAAAUAAUAGCGGAUAAUGAUUAAAGUGUAAAUCGUGUAGGAAGAAAUGGAUAAGCAUCAAGUGUUUAAGCUAGAUAGAAAGAUGAGAAUUAUUUUGAUUAAUCUCCAAAUAUUAAAAAGAACAAUAGGAUACCAACUACUAAUAUUUUAAAUAAUAUUUAUGGAACAAGAAAUAAGAAUAGUAACAUUACUUCUACUGAAUAUAGAAAUAAAGAUGAAGGUAAGAAAGGAAGUUCAAGAAAUAAAAAAGAAUUAGAUAUGACUAAUCCUCAUCGUAAUACUAAUAAAGAAUUUCAAUAAAUUAAUAGAAUUCUAUAAAGUGGAGGCAGAUCAUAGAAUCAUAAAAAAGAGAGAGUUUAUGUUACAAAUUAGAAUAAUCAAUCUUUUGAUGCUCCAUAAAAUUUAAAUUUAUCAGCUAAAUAGAAAAUAAAUCAUAUUUAAAAAUUUGGAUAUUAUGAAUGA